UCCUACUACAGUUUCCAUGGAUCAACUACACUUGGUUGACACUUGGCAGGUUUAAUUUGAAAGCUCCGUUGCUAGACGAUCACGGUUGACGCCAAUUGCUCCCUCCCUCCAUGAGAUGAGAGAGAAGAAAGCCUCCAAAACUUCAUCUUCAACCUCUCCAUGUGCUCAACUUCGCGACGCAUACCACAAUUGCUUCAACAGGUGGUACGCCGAGAAAUUCAUGAAGGGUCACUGGGACAAACAAGAAUGCGUUUCCGAGUGGCAAAAAUACAGAGCCUGUCUUUCUGAACAUUUGGAAGAUAAGCAUCUGAUUCGUUUCUUACAAGCUGACGGCGUUGUUCAAGACAGUGGUGUUGCUUCUCAGUAACUUGUAGGGAGUAAGGUGAUUCACCCAUCAAUUGUAACUAACUACGAAGCUUAUUCAUGUGACGACCACUGUUGAUGUGGUAUUUGAAGUUACGCUGCCUGUACGUUGUAUCUUUGUUUGAACAGUGCAAGCUUUGUAUUUCCGUCAGAAAUCUUGGUGGUUUUAAAUCAUGGUCUAUUGCAAUGGGUUGAAAUGAACAUUUGGUGAGGGUGAAUUAUGGUAACUUGGCAAGUGACAAUUUUUUAAUGCCAUCUUUCAAGAAAUUCUAAAGGAGAGGGGAAUGUUUAACUAAUCCGCCAGUGAAGAGAUUUCCAGGACGAAGGUGAAGUUUAAACGUCCUCUCUAAAAAACAAAGGUUUAAUUAGUCUGGGGUCUCUAAACUCUUACAAAUUUACAAAUAAGUCCCUGAUUUUUUUUCGAA